UCGGUUCGGCCAGAAAAACGCAGAGACGGCCUGGCGAGGAAAGAGCUAGCGAAGGAGAACCAAAUAGAAAAAGAAAACAAAGGAGCAACAUGAUCACAAGUGUCUUAUUAGCGUGAAAGUUUCUUCCGUGGAUGUCCUUGUGCUCGGGAAUGGGGAGGAAUCUACUCAACUACAGCACAAGCGAGGACGUGAAAGUGAUCGUCGUCGGGAGGAAUUCCUUCGCCUGACUCGCUUUUGGUACCUCCUCCUGCCGCAGUGGAGCAGCAGAGACGAUGGGAGAUGCGGCGCACGACGGCGGUGUGAGGCGGACCUUCAUCGUUCCUACCAUCAGGAGCUUCGAGCAUUAUGACUUCACCAGGGCGAAGAUCUGCUCCAGCCUGACGUGGCUGGUGGCCAAGGCGUUUGGCUCGGAUGAAGUGCCGGAUGAGCUUGCGGAGCCUUUCUACAGGGACCAGUACAACCAGGAGCACCUGAAGCCACCAGUGGCCAGCCUACUCCAGUCCGCAGAGCUCUACUGCCGGGCGGGAAGUCUGAUCCUUCGAAGUGAUGCCGUCAAACCUUUACUAGGCCACAAUGCCGUCAUCCAGGCGCUGGCCCAGAAAGGUCUUUAUGUCACGGAUCAGGAUAGACUUGUCACAGAGAGAGAUCUGACUCGCACUCCGAUACUCAUGACAUCCCAUCUGGCACUUAUCGACACGCUGAUGAUGGCGUACACGGUGGAGAUGAUGAGCGUGGAACGGGUAAUGUCCUGCAUCAACAGACAUUGCUCCGCCGGGCCGUCGCAUACUGACGCACAUGUCCACGAGCUGCCUUAUGACACCGAGGAUGCCAUCACCACGUGGCUCAACAAGGUGAACGAACACCUGAGAGACAUUCUUAUUGAAGAGCAGAAGCUGAGAGAAGUUUCCCAUCAAGAAUCAAACACAACACCCAAGUCUCCCAACAAAUGGUACUGGAGACUUGUACCUGCUCGGUACAGGAAGGCGCAUGUCCAGCAGAGCAACGCACCCUUGCUUCCCCUGGUGGACAAUCUGCUGAAGGACAACACGGACGGUUGCGCCCUCGCAGCUCUGCUGCAUUUUUACUGCCCGAAGGUUGUUCGGUUUGAAGAUAUCUGCCUGAAGGAGAUCAUGUCACUGGCUGACAGCCUGUACAACCUCCAGUUGGUGCAGGAGUUCUGCAGGACUAACCUGAACCACUGCUGCCACUUCAGCCUGGAGGACAUGCUCUACGCGCAUGCAUCCAUAAAGAGUAACUACCUGGUGUUCUUGGCUGAGCUUUUCUGGUGGUUUGAAGUGGUUAAACCCUCGUUCGUCCAGCCCAGAGUCUUUAACCCGAACGCAUGUGAGCCUAUAACGUCUCAUAGAAAAAUGGCUCCUGUGUCCAAGCAGAACAAUGUUGAUAGACCUGAUAGCCCAGAGGACAUCUCUGAUGAAGGUUUAAUGAAGAGAUCUACCUCCAUGUCCUUUGUGGAAAGCUGUGUUGGAACCUGGCCACAGGAGAGACGCUGUUCGCCACGUGGAAUCUCCUUUGAGAUCCCUCUGGAUGGAGACGCCACAGUGCCGCCCUGUGACGCAACCUCUCUCCGCGGCAUGACCCGCUCCGCCAGCAGCGACGGUCUCGGGUUUAAAAUUCACCAUGCGCCCCGAGGUGCCAUGAAGCGCCACGUGUCCCUCACGCCCGUCAGCGUGAACGGACAGAGUCGACACUUUGCCGAGGAGGAGGAAGACUUAGCCCCGCGCAAACCACUGGGCAGGAACAACACCUUUUCAAUCAAGAACCAAAGCAGGCAUCCCAAUGGAGUCCUUCCUGACACCAAUCACCACGGUAACCACAUCAGUCCCUCGACUCCUCCGAGCAUUGAGGAGGCACUAAAGAUUAUCCACGACACAGAAAGGCCCCACGCCAGUUUCGGCAUGCUGGAUAGAAACAAUGGCUUCUUUCUCCAUGACGUGCCAUCUUCAGGACCUCCGGGGGCGGCGGGUCAAGGAGACGACCCGGGUGCGGCUAAAGCCCGGUUCAAUGACCAUGACCCUAACUCUCUCUCAACAGAUGACACAGGCAUCCAUGUUAGGACAGAGGAAAUCCAAAGCUUAGAUGAAGACUCCUCUCUGAGAGACUAUUCGGAUAUAGACCCGGACUGUGAGACCAUGACACGCUCGUGCCCCCUGCCUGAGAGGGAGCGGAACUGGGACGGACGCCAUACAGGGGUCGGGGAGUCAAGCCCUAGCAAUAGAGGGGACGGCGAAGACAGGAGUUCAGCACCAACGUUGCCCAGAUCGCACACUGUGAGCCCCGCUUCUUCCUACGGCGGUUCCGGGGGCGCCGUGGUGCGCAUGACCAGCUUCGCCGAACAGAAAUUUAGAAAGUUGGAAGGACGGAGUAGUGGAGGAACAACACCGGAGAGUUCAGAUGUCAACAUGUCGUAUAAACACCCAGCGAAGAACAGUUACUCCAAGAUCGGUACACCUCCUUUGCCAAUCACAUCUCCCUCCCCCAUCACUCCUCCUCCCCGAGACCCUUCCCACCUGAUCGCCUCCGAGAUGAUCCAACUUCGAAUGAAGCUGGAAGAGAAACGCAGAGCCAUCGAAGCCCAAAAGAAGAAGGUGGAGGAAGCGUUCACGCGGCAUCGUCAGAAGAUGGGCAGAACGGCCUUUCUGAACGUUGUCCGAAGAAAAGGAGUCACUAGUCCGCUCAGUCCCAAUUCAAGUGUAACGCCUCCUGCUAAGAUGCUAAACAGCCACGGGACCAUGGAGAGAGCGGAACGAUGCAAGCCUGAUGGCGCUGCUCCUAAAUCGCCCUGUGAAGAUGGCGGGGGCCUGACGCCUGGGGAAACUGACCUCGCCGAGUACACGCGCUCCAUCGAGCGUCUGAACACGUCGCUGGGCUUCCUGCAGACAGAAAUGCAGCGGCUGGCUCAGCAGCAGGAGAGGAUCAUGUCCAUGAAAGAACAGCAGCAAAAGGCCUGGGUUAUUUCUCCCCCUGCACCAUCACCUCACAGGCAGCUCCGUGAGUUACGUAGCAGCAGCGUCACAGGUCGAGGAUCAACUAGAGGAUCGGUCGGCUCCUUGUCCCCUAUUUUGUCCUCGUCUGGCUCCGCCAAUCCCAUCAGUCGUCCCUCCACCGGCCUCAAGCGACGGCCGGCUUCCUUCCACGCCAGAACUCCGCGAACUCCGCGACCGACCGACCUGAAAAUCACGCCCAUAAACCGAAUGCUCAACACUCCCACCUCGGUGGAUAGCUUACCGAGACUGAGGCGGUUCACGUCGAGCCAAACGCACACUAGCUCGUUUGCGUACCUGAGUGCCGACGAGGGAUCUGCGGAUAGCAAAAGCUCGGAGACUAAGCAAAGAGAAGAAAACACAAAGGACGAAAACGAGAUCACGGAGAAGAAGAGCGCGGGCACUCUUCAGCCUACUGCGGCCAAAGAAACGGAAGAAGAAUCAGCAGAGCAGGAAGAAUCGCUCCUAAGGGAGGAACAGCCGAGAACUUCUGAAGUCCUGCGUCAACCGAGGUCGGAAACCGAAGGUAGCAAACAACCUCAGGAUAAGAGAGAACUGGUGGAGGUGACGCUGUCUGGAAGCUGGCCUCCAGAGUCUGAAGCUCAGGAAGCAGGUGGAGAAACUGGAGAGGACCAAAAGAUGUGCUGUGGAUUCUUUUUCAAGGAUGACGCAAAGGGUGAAGAAGACAUGGCGGCGAAGAAAGCAGCUCUCCUGCAGAAAAGGCUAAGGCGGGAGAAGGAGGCGCAGGAGAAGAAACAACAGCAAGAGCUGGAUCAGGAGCAGAAAAAGGAAGCUGCAAGGCUGAAAGCAGAGGAAGAGCAGCAGAAGAAGGAUGAGGAGAAAGAAAGACGAGAAUUCAUCAAGAAUGAGUAUUUGAGGAGGAAGCAGCUGAAGCUCAUGGAGGACAUGGAUCAGGUCGUGAAGCCCCGAUGCGGAAGUCUCAAGAAGAAGCCUCGCCCCAAGUCCAUACACAGGGAUGUCAUGGAGUCCUCUGUGACCCCCGUGAGAGGAGCAGGAGUGCGUCCUCGAGGCUACUCUGUGUCAAGCGUCUCUUUGGCCUCUCUCAAUCUGACUGAUAAUGAGAGCAACCAUCCAGAUAACAAGAAGAACUACAGAGGCAAUAAAGUAGCACAUUCUCACAUCCCAUUCUUUCUAAACUCUCCUAAAGAAAGAAAGGGAAGGCCAGACUCUGCCGAGGGUUUCUCCUCAUGUCCCUCCGCCGGUAGUCGUAACGGAGAGAAGGAUUGGGAGAAUGAUUCCACCACUUCCUCCACUCCGUCCAACACUGAGUACACAGGACCUAAACUAUACAAGGAACCCAGUGCUAAAUCCAACAAGCACAUCAUCCAGAACGCCCUGGCCCACUGCUGCCUCGCUGGAAAGGUCAACGAAGGGCAGAAAAACAAGAUCAUCGAUGAAAUCGAGAAAUCCGAAGCCAAUAACUUCCUGGUGUUGUUCCGUGACGCCGGCUGCCAGUUCCGCUCGGUGUACGCCUACUGCCCCGAAACGGAGGAGAUCACCCGGUUGGUCGGCAUCGGGCCCAAGACCAUCACGGGCAAGAUGAUAGAACGAAUUUAUAAGUACAACUCGGACCGGAAACAGUUCAGCCAGAUCCCGGCCAAAACCAUGUCAGCCAGCGUGGACGCCAUCACCAUUGCCAGUCAUUUGUGGCAGAACAAGAAGCAGGGCACUCCUAAAAAGAUGCACUUGAAGUAGCCACAGAGCAACAUUCUCUGGGAUAUAGAAAGUCGUUUGUUGAUAUUCAAUAUCCAUUUUAAAGUCCAUGUACUAGGAUGCUCUUUGUCUUCUUAAGACAAUUUUACUCUGGUACACUCGUAGAGCAAGUAGUGGAAAGAUUU